CACCCUACGAAGAUAGAAUCAGAGGAUCAAAUUACAAAGAGAUUGUAACCCCAAAAUCAUUAAUACAAAAAUAUAUUUUGUACAUGUAUUCUUGUUUCUUAUUUCAGGAAUUUUUCGUGUUUACAAGGGCGUUCGUAGAUUUGUCAUGGAAAGUGCUGCAGAGGGAUGCGAGGUGUGAACGAAAGCUGUUUCUUUCCACUUGACCUUAUUAGGAUGCACCAACAUAGUAGAAGGAAUUUUUCUUCCAUACAACAUGUGGGUCAUGGUUAGUGGCAAACUCAGGGCUCAGCGUGCCAAGUUUAUGAAGUUCAAGGAUGAAUACAUGAUAUCCUCUGGCCAGCCUGUUAAGGAAUAUAUCGAUGCUGCUGUGCCGCAUGUGCUUCUUAGACAGGUGUUCUUGGGAUUAAGGUCAAAAUCACGCUCGAUUGGAAUCCCAAGGGUAAGCAAGGCCCCAAAACACCCCUACCUGAUCUGGUCACCAUCCACCAAGCCCAAAGAGGACUACAUCAGAUCAGGCCCCCAGUUGUGGCAACUGAAAGUCUGAAAUACCAGCUGGCCUUGUCGCUGCUUAGAGUUGUUUUUACGCAUGCUCAGUUCUUUUUUUUUGUUUUUUGUUUUUGUCAAUAUACUAAUUUCUCAUAUUCCGCAUAAUCUCAUUUCUAGUUGGAUGCCUGUUAGCACCCGACUGGAAUAUGAGAAAUCAAAUGAGAUUAUGUGUUUAGAAUUGUAAUUUUCUUAGCCAGCAAAUAGAAAAAGCAACUCAAGCUCUAUAUGUUACCCGCGUUUAUGUCCUCCCGAUUUGUGCUGUUGGAAUCUUAACUUCGUAUGGGAAAUAGUAUUGGGCUGCGUCUCUUUGUGUUCUUUAACGCUUAUUUCUCUCUCUCUUGUCCCUUUUUUGGAUUGACUUUGAUGCAUAUUUACUCUUAUGGUUACAAUUCAAAGAGAAUUCUUUUUCUUUUUGAUUAAUAGGGGUUGGGAGUCGUGAACUUAAGAUCCUCCUUUUAAGAGGAAGAUUCGGGUGGGUUAAGUUUCACAAUAGGCUAACAAUAAUAUGGUUCAAAUUUGUUUUUUGACGAGAAUCAUAUCUAAGAUAUUUCAUUUACAAGUAAAGAGGAAUACCAGUAGAUUAGUACUAAGUGUCCUCUUACUAUAGUUUUGAAUAGGAAUAUUGCUUGGGCUUAAUUGGGUUAAUAGUUCAUGUAGUGGUAGGGUAGUUGGAAAAUAGUUUAUGUGGUAAAAAAAAUUAGAAUUUAAGCUCAUGUGGUGAAAGAUGUUAGGAUUUAGGCCCAGAAUUGAAAAUUUCGUCAACUCUCCAUUAAUUGUUAACACAUGGGGCUCACAUGUGUAACUAAAAAGAUAACGUUAGCCUCACAUUUUAAGUCUCACGUGCUAACAAUUAACGGAAAGUUUCGGUUUAGCCUAAUAUGUGUGGCUCAUAUGAUAAUAAUUAACUAAGAGUUGACGGUUUUGGGCAAUUCCUAACAUACUUCAUUAGAUGGGCUUAAAAUCCUAAUUUUUUACCACAUGACCUAUCUUUCAACUACCCUAUCAUCAUGAUACUAAGGUCAUCUCCAACCGAACCGGCCAAAUGGUCAUAGGGCUAAAAAUAGCUUGAAAUAACACGAAAACGGUCUCCAAUCGAAGACUAGGCCAAAGGGCUUGUGGGCCCUACUAGGCCAAAAUCUGAAAUUAGGUCAACUGGCUGGCCUAUUCCAGCCAUCCAACCAGCCCCGGUCGACCCAAAUAUUUGAAAACAGCUACCUAGCGUUAGCAUGAUGCCAAGGUUACCGUUGCAUUUGAUUUUUAUUUUUAUUUUUGGGACCAAUUUUUUUUCAAACAAAAAAAUUCAAAUUUGUUUUCCUAUAAAUACCUAAGCCAUUCCUACACCAUUCUAUCAACAAAAAUCUUAGAUUGAAGUUGUAGUUUUUAAUAUUUACGUUGUACUCUUUAAAUUAAACAACACAAUCUCCACCCUAGUACUACUUGGGGGAGUUAGUCAAACUUGAACGACAUGAAACUUAAAUGACAUUAAACAAAAUAAAACUUAUUAAAAUUAUAUAAAGAUAAGAAAUCCAGAGGUUUAUUUAUUUGCGACAAGUGACAUUCAAAAUAUGUCCGAAAACCUUAUUUUAACAUGGUAGUUUAAUUUAAGUAACCAUAUUAAUUCAAUUAAAUAAUAAAUUAUGUUUGGCAUAUGACUCUUUGGCCCUCUCGAUUGGAGAUGGUUUUUUUGUCAAAGGGCUAUGUUUGGCCUAUGGCCCUUUGACCUCCUCGAUUGGAGAUGGUAUAAAAUAUGGUUGACAUUGUUCAUUAAAAUAUUAAUUUCUUGCAAGGCUCUACAGCUAAAGGGAGCCAUUUGGCCAUCCUUCGGUUGGAGAUGGUGAAAAUUAUGUGAAAAAUGGUGUAGUAAUAACUUAGGUAUUUAUAGUGGAAAACAUAAGAAUUUUUUUUUUUUUUUAAACUCGUCCCCCAAAAAAAAAAAAAAAAUUAAAUGCAACAUUAACCUGGCGUCAUGCUGAUGCUAGGUAGCUGUUGCAAUUCAUAUUUUUGGGUCGCCCUGGGCUGGCUAGCUGGAAUGAGCCAGUCGGUUGGCCUGAUUUCAUAUUUUUGGCCCAAUGGAGCCCAUAAGCCCUUUGGCCUAACCCACGGUUAGAGACUGUUUUCGCGUCAUUUUGAACUAUUUUUAGCCUAUAACCCUUUGACUGGGUCGGUUGGAGAUGGCCUUACCAAUUGAGUCAUACUCAUAUUCUAACCAAGUAACAAUUAGUCUAAACCAUUCAAUAUUGCAUUUACACUUGUGUUCUUAUCAAUAGUAGGUAUUAACCAACUAAUUUUGUUGUCGUUUAAUUUUUGUUGUCGUGUUGUGAUAGUUUUGUCAGAAUCACCACUGAUGACCAUGUAAUUUGAACCCAAUAACCAAAAAAAAAAAAAAAAAAAAAAGCCUCAAAUGGUCCACAUGUGUUAUAGUCAUUUGGCUAAUUUAGUCUUGUAUUUUCAAUUGGACAAAUUUAAUCUUCGUGUUUAUUUCCGUUAGCCAAUUAAAGACAUUCCAUUCAAUCUCUAUUAAAAAUUCAUCAAAAUAAUAUAACCGAUUAUAGAAAAAUAUGUUUUAAUUAAAAUAGAAAGAAAUAUAAUUUCAAAGUGAUUUUUUUUUUAAGCAAACCCACCAAGCCAUCAGUAUUGUCCUUGGCCCAAACCCAAACCCUAGUCACACACGCAACUCAAUGAAUGCAUCUUUAGGUCCACCUCGACCUCACUUGUUAUUGUACGAGUUCCAUCAUCGUAGUCCCAAGAAAAAUAAUACCGACCACCUCAUUUUCAACUAUGUACCAGCCACCUCAUUUUGGACUAUGUAAUCAAUCGAGAAACUAAUCGCAAUUGAAAGAAUCAUAUAUUACACUCUCUUUAUUUAAAUUUAAAUUUACAUAAAUAUGCAAAUUAAUGAGAAAUAACACGUAUAAAAGAUAAAACUUUCAAUCUGAAAAUUAUUUAAGGUUGUGAUAGAGGGAAGGGGGGAUGCAAAAUGGGAGAGGAAGCAAAAUGGGAGAGUUGAGAAAGUUAGGGAGAAUGUUCGAGAGUUGGGGUAGAGUAAUUUUUCAUCUAAUUUUUACUUUUAUCAUUUACAAAUUUGUAAAUCAAAUAGAUUUUGUUAUAAAUAAAUUGGAAGAAAUUGUUAUUAGCAUUCCAAAAAUUUCAUUUUACACUCCAAAUUUUCUAUAUUUGGAAAGAAAAAUACACUUGUGAGAAGUGUAGAAUAGAAUUUUUAGAGUGAUAAUAACACUUCCCUAUAUGAUCAUUAAUUGACUAGCGACGCAAUCAGAAGAACAUCGAGAUCAUUUUAACAUUUAAGCCAAAAAAAAAAAAAUUAUACUCAAAAAGAAAAAUAAAUAAAAAAAAAACAAAAAAUUUAAAGAGACCCGGACGCCAAGUCCAAUUGUGAACUGCAUUGGAAGUAGUGUUUGGAGUCCGCUACCGUACGACAUUAUGCUCACAGCGUACUAAAAAAGCGAGCCAAAAAAGCAGAAGCGCACACAGACGGGCGCAGUGCAGCAGAAGAACAAUCCGAUUGUUUUCCCUUUCCUCAAAGCUUCCCGCACAAGCUUUCUCGCAGAAAACGACUCGUCUUCUUCCCAACUCAGUGCCCGGCGCGCUUCGAAUCGGUCGCUAUCCUUGCAAUUUUACACUCGCAAGGACUGAGUCAACUCGCUCCUCAUUCUCACAGUCCUAUGUUUGUGUAUUUGAGUUGCAUGUGGUGGAUUUUCCAUGGAAACAGUGGUCGGUGUUGAGGGGAAUGAUGAAGGGAUGUGUGAGGAGAGUGGGGUUGAGAAAAGUAGCUCUUCUUUGUCUUCGCCAAAGCAGAUUGCCGAUCCUGUUGUAUACAAGCUCGUUCGGGUUGAAGGUGAUGGGAGAUUAGUGCCAGCAACAGAUGAUGAUGUAAUGGAAGUUGAGGAUUUUCUUGUUGAUGAGACGGUUGAAUUACCUGUUAUUACAGAGGCUGGAAAUGGUCGGUGCAUUUCCAAUGAAGAGUCUUCCUCUGGGAAACCUCAGAAAGAAAGCUCAGAAGAGCAAUACAUUUCCAGGUGUCUCACAUUCAGAGAACACAGAGCUGAUGUGAAAUUAAGUGCACGGCUUGAGUACAUCGAGGAGAUGUUGCAAAAGGUCAAACAGAAAGAGAGGCUCCGCUUAGCAUGUGGAUCUCCUGAUCAUUCUUCUGCUUUUAUGAAUGUAGACAUCCAGUGUUCUGAUCAGCAUGAUAAAUUACCUGCUACUGAUGACAGGCUGCAAUCUGAAAUUCCUUUGCAGGAUAUUGUUCCUUCUUCAUCACUAAGUCCAGAUGGAAGCCAUAUUAAUGAAUCUGGGAGAAUUGGGGAGUGCUCAAAACAACCGCUGGAUGGACCAAUAGAAAGUGGGUCAUCAGCAUCUGUCAUCUGCACUGGUCCAAAGCCUGAUGUUAAUACACUAAAGGGGGAGAUAUGCUUGGACAACCUAUCAAUUAGAGAACUUCAUGAAUUAUUUCGGGCAACUUUUGGGAGAGAAACUACAGUUAAGGACAAGUUGUGGCUUAAGAGGAGGAUCACAAUGGCGUUGACUAACUCUUGUGAUGUUUCAACAACAACUUUCACUAUCGUAGAUAACAAAUUGGUGAACAAGGGUAAAGAUGAUAGCAUUCAGAAUGCAGAUGGUAUGCACAAAUUGGUGAACAAGGGUAAAGAUGAUAGCAUUCAGAAUGCUGAUGGUAUGCUCACUGAGGGGUCAGAUGGUGAAGCAAAGAAUCUUGGGUAUGAAACUUCACCAACUAGCCACAGUAGCAAAAUGGAAAAUCAUGUCACUGUUUCAGGCAAGAGAUUCGUAAACAUUAGUGCAGAACUGGAUUGUGGAAGUGAGGACCUUCACACAGAUCAGAGAGCUGCCAAACGAAUUCGAAAGCCCACUAAGAGAUAUAUUGAAGAGCUUUCUGAAGUUGAAUCAAAAGAUUGUAGCCCAAAAGUGACUAGUCCAGUUAAAAGUGCGGGACAACGACAAACAUCUCCAAAAUCUUGUAGGCCUCUUGGAAAUGUCCCUUUAAAUGAGAGAGCUAUUGCCAUCAGGUUGGACCCUCUUGGAAGUGUGACAAAUGUCCCUCCAAAUGAGAGAACGUUUGUCACCAGGUUGGAUUCUCUUGGCGGAUCUGGGGUUCAGGUUCCUUAUGUUUCUCGAGUUCGUAGAAGCCGUCCAAGGAAAAAUAUUAUGGCCCUUAUGAAGUUUGAUAUGAGUGGAAUGGGUGUGACAGCUAAACUUGUAAAAGAGGCCUUUAGCGUGCGUAGUUCUGUAUCAGAGAGUGAGCAUGUAGACAAAGUCUUGAAAGUCAGAUCUGCUUCUGAACGGAUGAAACCACGGUGUACUGCUGAACCAGAGAAAGACAAGCGUCGCUCAGUAAUGGGCACAAUCGAACCGCGAAAGAACUUGGGCAUUAAACAGACAGAUUCAUCCGAGGACAAUUCAGAUGAUGGUACAGCCCAGAUUCCCACAGCGAAAGGUGGAAUGAGGAGGAAACACCAUCGAGCUUGGACUCUUGUUGAGGUUAUAAAAUUAGUUGAGGGUGUCUCUAAGUGUGGCACUGGGAGGUGGUCUGAGAUCAAAAGGCUUUCCUUUGCAUCGUAUUCAUAUCGCACUUCUGUUGAUCUCAAGGACAAGUGGAGAAACCUGCUGAAAGCUAGCGUUGCGCAAACACCUCCUGAUGAUGGAAUAAACUCCCGGAAACAUGCUUCAGUACCUAUCCCGGCAUCAAUUUUGUUAAAAGUAAGACAGCUUGCUGAGAUGCAGGUGCAGGUACCGCCAAAUCUAGGGCCGAGCAAGCUGGCCACUGUUAGCAGUCGAAGCGUGCAUCAAAUGCGACCAGGCUUCUUGUAACAUUGUAUAUAAGGAUACUGCUGGACUGUAACCACUUUCCUCUGCUGGCAUGCACUUGUUACAUGGCUGAUGUGCUGCAGAGGGAUUGCUGAGAUGUAGGCUUAAACAUGUUUAUGAUACAUUCUCUGACUCCUAAGUUCCUAACACAAUUUCUUACUCAGUUAUUAAUUUAUUAUGAUAGGGUUUAUGCCUGA